CCUAACCGCCACCAGCCUCGGCCUCUCCUCUCGGCUCCACCACACGACACUCCAGCCUCUGCCCGCGACAACGCUAGUACGCCACCGCCACCAAGCCCGGGCCUCAUAACCCUGCUGGGCUACCGCCGCCGCCGCCCUUCGCCGAUAUCUUCGCCGGAGAAGAACGCCCACCAGAUCCGCCGCUGCGAUGGAGUCCGUGGUGAACCCGAAGGCGUACCCGCUGGCUGAUGCGCAGCUGACGAUGGGUAUCCUCGAUAUCAUCCAGCAGGCCGCCAACUACAAGCAGCUCAAGAAGGGAGCUAACGAAGCGACGAAGACCCUGAACAGGGGGAUAUCGGAGUUCGUAGUGAUGGCGGCGGAUACGGAGCCUCUCGAGAUCCUGCUCCACCUCCCCUUGCUAGCUGAGGAUAAGAACGUGCCAUAUGUAUUUGUUCCAUCGAAACAAGCUCUUGGCCGUGCUUGUGGUGUGACAAGACCGGUCAUUGCUUGCUCAGUGACCAGCAAUGAGGGUAGCCAGCUGAAACUACAGAUACAGGGCCUCAAGGACUCUAUUGAGAAGCUUCUCAUCUGAUUUACUGAGACCUUUCAGUGUGAUGGGCCUCGGGGACACAUUUUUCAGAGGCUUGGACUGGUGAUGGUGUCUUGUUUACUAGAUUUUACACUUUCCAAAGUAUGUUUGAACACUGUUAUGUGGAUCAUAAUCGAAUUGUGUUGUGUCUUAUAUUUGUGACUCAUGUAUUCUCAAAGAUGCCUGUGCAUCCUGGUGGCUUGGUAUCUGUUGAGAUUCCAACCAUUACUGUAACGAUUGAUUACAACGGGUUUGAGAAUUGGAUCGAUUGGGUGGUUGCAACUUCUAUGUGACUCCUUAUUUGGGCAUAGUUCCUUGCAUUUAUCUAGUUG